GGGAAAAAAAAAAGGAGCGAAGGGCUCAAAUCAUCCGGGUCCUUGGGGAGGGUUGCGGUUCAAGAGAGGAACAACAAGGGCGAUCCUCCCUUUACCCCCUUCCCGCCCCUCCCUCCCUCCUCUCCUUUUCCCAUCCGCAAAGCCGCGAUGCUGUGCCGGCGGUUGAAGGAGAUCUGGAUCUACUUGUGGAACUUCCGCUACCUGCCUCUCAAGUACCGAUGGCCGCUCAUCAAGCUGCGGCGCCGCCUCCUCCCGACGCGGACGGGCCUUGGUCUCCGCAACGCGCUCCGUCAUGCCCGCUCGCUCCGGCACCCGCCCGAGCCCAACGCGUACCUGUUCGUCCUGCGGCUCCUGUGGCCGUUCCCCUCCUGGCGCUUCCCCGCCGUGCUCCCGCCGCCGCCGCGCGAGAUCAUGGCCGACCCGGCCCGGGUCCGCUGCCGGGUCCGCGACCUCAUGUACCUCCGGUCCAUGCCGCUCUGGCGCGCCCGCGACACGCCGCAGCGGUCCUUCUACCGCAUCUACGAGGCCUUCUGCGCCGCCGACGGGCGCAUGAUCACGUACGAGACCGAGUACUUCUGGCGCCGGUCCGGCCCGGACUGGGCCACCGCUAACAUCCCCGACCCGGAGUGCGGGGACCCGGAGCAGUACGCCGUCAUGGCCUCCCUGGCCGAGGUCCUGGCCGACUCGUUCGUCUGGCGCCUGGAGCUCGGCAUGCGCCGGACCGACCGGCCCAUCGUCAGCCGCUCCGAGGACCCCCCGCCCUGCCCGCCCGAGGUCGCCCCCGCGUGGACGGCCCGGGUGGGCCCCUUGAAGGAGAAGCUGGUCCUGGACCCCGACGAGGACGAGUACUUUGACAGCCCCUUCCACCGCCGCAACAUAUACAUGGCCACCGGGUGGUUCUACACGGUCUGACAAGCCCUAUCAACCGACCGACCGACCAACCAACCAACCAAUCAACCAACCUUUGCCCUACCUACGCACGCACGACCGUGAUCAAUAAAUAACCAAUACAUUCUACUACCACUACACGCAAGGGACGAGGCUCUGUUAAGGAGAAUGAAGAGGAAUCCAAGCAAUAAAUGUUUAAGGAAAAGAAAAGGGA